AUGUCUGGUGAACAAGCUGCACCGUACGACAUAAUCUUCGCAGGAGGAGGUGCAGCUGCCUGCGUUACUGCAGGCCGUCUUGCCGCCGCCGACCGCAAUCUGAAGAUAUUGAUACUGGAAACUGGUGCACACAUCCGCGAUGUGCCCGAACAUACGCAACCAGGCCGUUACUUCAGUAGCCUAGCAAAAAGAGGGGAUGCCUUCACGUUCCAUGCUGGAAAGCCGAGCACGGCUCUGCUCGGACGUUCUUGUGUCGUCCCGAUGGGUAGAGCACUCGGAGGUGGAUCUAGCGUCAAUUUCACCGUCUAUACCCGUGGCUCCGCCUCAGACUACGAUGAUUGGGAAACAGUGCAUGGGAAUAAAGGGUGGGGUUCGUCGAGCUUGAUUCCUCUUCUGAAGAAGGCGGAAACGUACCAAGCGGAGGUUCAGAACAACACCCAUGGGAGCUCUGGCCCGAUUAAAGUAUCGUUCUCGAACGAAAACAUCAACAUUGCUGAAGACUUCCUGGAAACUGCUGCGGCCUACGACAAAGAGCGUACGGUCGUAGACGAUGACAACGCAUUCACCUCUUGUGACACUUACUUGCGCUGGGCAAGAUAUGUCGAUGCCGAGUCUGGCAGAAGAUCCGAUGUAGCCCACCACUAUAUCUACAACCAGGAUCACAACAAGAAUCUUACUAUCCUCCCCAGACAGCGCGUCGUUCGGGUCGUUUUCGAGGGAAAUCGUGCCGUCGGAGUAGAAUAUGUCGAUGAUGUCGUCGGGAGGAAAAAGGAGAAGACGGAACCAGUCGUCGCUCGUGCUUCUCGUCUUGUUGUCGUGUCCGCAGGAGCCUUUGGUACGCCGGCCAUCCUCGAAAGGUCGGGAAUUGGUAGCAAGGAAGUACUUGAUAAAAACAACAUCCCUCUCCUCGUUGACCUUCCUGGAGUUGGAGAGCACUAUCUAGACCACAACGUGAUCUUUCUCCCAUUCAUCGCAAGCGAUGAUUCCGAAACCAUGGAUGUUGUAUUCCGUGGAACAGAAGAGGAGGUUAAACCAUUCGAGCAGCAGUGGCUUCAAAACGGCAAAGGACUUCUAUCGCAGAAUGGUCUUGAUGCUGGAGUAAAAAUGCGACCUAACGAGGAAGAACGCAAAGCCAUGUCUCCAGAGUUCGAUGAUCGUUGGAAGACCUACUUUGCCAACGCCCCUGAUAAACCUGUUGAGAUCAUCUUACUGUUUACUGCGUACGGCGGACCGAAUCCCUCAGUUCCUCGCGGGAAGUAUUUCUCUAUGGCCUACUUUUCAGGGUACCCUUCGUCUACUGGAAACGUUCACAUUACGUCUGGCCUCGACCCUUACGGAACGCUCGACUUCCAUCCCGGAUACCUUGACGAUCCUGCGGAUGUUGUAAUCCUUAGAUGGAUCUACAAGAAGUCGCGCGAGCUUGCACGACGAAUGAAGCAUUACCGAGGCGAUCUCGUCGUGGGUCAUCCUGAGUUCCCUGCUGGUAGCUCUGCCGCGGCCACGACCUCUGGUCCUGUGGAAAUCUCUCAGCCGAAUAUCGUAUACACGAAGGAGGAUGACGAGGCUAUCGACAAAUAUCAUCGGCAAUAUGUUGAGACUUCCUGGCACUCGAUGGGAACUUGCGCAAUGAAGCCACGCGCACAGGGUGGUGUCGUCGAUGAAAGGUUGAAUGUGUACGGCGUUCAAAAUCUGAAAGUCGCAGACUGUAGCAUUGCUCCAGCAAACGUCGGAGCCAACACUUACAAUACUGCGAUUGCGAUCGGAGAGAAGGCAGCUGUGAUCAUAGCGGAGGAUCUUGGGAUGCAGGGAGUUACUGCUGCGUAG